AUGUCGCAGCAAGUUUCGCUCCAGUCCUUUUUCACCCAGUCUUUCCAGCAAGGGACAGCCCCCCCACAGAACAGGAACACCCAGGAUCCCAACCCAACCCCAUCCGGAGCACAGGAACAGGAGUUUUCCUCGACCUUUGCAACAGAAUCUGACUAUAACGACCCCUACCAGCCGACCAUCGACUAUCUCUACGCGAGUACUGUCCCCCAAACCACUCAUACCCAGACAGACUUAAAUUACAUUACCUGGGCCAUCAGACAUGCCACCAGCCGGAUCUGCCCACCCUCCGACAGGAUUGAAUACCUCGAAGAGCAAUCGAUCACACUCCGGAGAACAGUGGAUACACUGAAACACCAAAUCGAGGCGCAAACAAUGAUGAUCACCAAUAUGCACUCGGCGAUCCACUCCCUCCUCAACAAACAACCACAUCCGCAGCAACCACAACAACAACAACAGCCGCAACAAGCGCAACAACCACAACAACCACAGAGACAGAGAAAGGCCCCUCCAGCGGCCCCUCCUGCAGCUCCCCAAACAGUCUUCCAAGCAGCGCCACAGGCAGCUCCUCAAGUUGUCGAGAAAAGAAAGAAGCCCGCAAAGCCAAAAGCGGACCCCCUUUUCAAACCAGAAUAUACCAAAAUCAACAGAGAAAUUAUCGUUGAAACCACCACCCCAUCUGACGUCAACCCCUCCGAGAUCAGGACCCUUGUCAACGCGAGAAUUCAGGACGAAUCCUGCCACUUCAUUUCAGCAAGAAGAACACCCAAAGACAAUUUCAUCCUGGAAACAAAAUUCAUCACCCCGGCAACACAGGCAAUGGAAUAUGUCAAAGAAAUCGAAGAGGCCCUCCUCACCCUUCAAGUACCGGUCGUUAAUAUCCGGGCAAACUCUAAAUGGUCAAAGUUCCUCCUCCACGGAAUCCCCACAACGAUCGGGGAGGGCAUCGAGGCAGGACAAUUGGUAGCAUCUGAAAUCAGAAGCAACUAUGGAGAGGAAUUCCAACUUGCCCAGGUUCCCCGAUGGAUCUUCAGAGCAGAGACUCGAAUGGAAAAAACCAACUCAUCAAUGGUCAUUGCGCUCCCAGGACAAAUCACUAUGGAAACACUAGGAGUCAAAUUCCUAUCCCACUUCAACCGAAGAUGCCAUAUCGAGGCUUUCCUCCCAACCUUCCCAGACACCCAGUGUGCGAAAUGCCUAGAAUAUAGCCAUCGUCAGGAGAAAUGCAAAAACAACGGGAAAUGUGGCCAUUGCGCUGGAGAUCACCUCACCAGCUGCCACCCAUGCAAUGAAUGCCAGGGAGGAUAUAAAUGCACCCACACCCCAAUCAGAUGCCUGAACUGCAAAGGAAUCCAUGAGGCCUCCGACCCAGCAUGCCCCGAAAGAGUCAAACGCCGAUUCCUCAACAAAGGAAAGGAAAACGCCCCACCCGCUCAAGACCCACCGGCCACACCCGCUCAAGAGGCCCGAACCACCGCGCUCGCACACCAACUUAAUUGUGCACGGAGCGAACUAACCACCAAGGCGGCGGUGGAGGAAGCGGAAACAGACUCUAGCAUAUUUUUCCUACUAUUACAAGAACCAUGGAUCUCAACAGAGGGAUACCCACCAGAAUCAAACCUCUUUUACCUUUUCACAGCCAGCAACAGCAAUACAAAAUGCGCAACAUACAUCCGCAAACAUUCCAACCUCAAACCAAAACACCACUACAUAUACGAUAACUUCAUAGUAUCGAUUACGGUAGAAAUCCAGAACAAGAAAACCCUAAUCCUAAACAUAUACUCCCCAGGCCGAAGUGGCCCCUUCGCCCAAAUAGCAAGUACAAUCCAAACCCUUGACAAUUGUCUAGUAAUGGGAGACUUCAACUGCCACCAUCAAAUGUGGUACGGAGUAAAUUCACAUGAAUACAGAAACAACAUCCGAGCAGACCGCGUUAAUGGUGCUCGGCUAAAACAACAGAUAACCCGACAGAAAUUGACCCUCCUGAAUGAACCAGGAGUCUACACUCAUUUCCCCGGAGACAGAGGGAAAAGGCCCACAAUCAUCGACCUUACGUUCGUAAAAGGCCCGUUACUUGACCACAACCUACGAUGGAGCACUGAACCCUAUGGAGCGGGCUCAGACUACGGGAGAACCUCUGUCCAUCUACACUUGGAAAAACCACCCUUUUUAUUGGAUAACCACAUAUCAAACCUUUCCCUCCCUGCAGAGGCAUGGGAAACCAAGGAACACACGGAACAAACAGUCGAAUUCUUCCUAGAGCUGGUCAAGUCAACAAUCAACAUAGUUACGCCACUUUCGAAGGAGGGGGUAAGAGCAAACUCCUGGUGGUCAGACGAACUGAAACAAAUGAAGGCAAAAGUAAACUCGGCAGGAAGGAAGGCGAGAAAUAUAAAGAACCCAAACCAUGUGGAGGAACACCGGAAGGCAUGCAGAGAAUGGACAGUCAUGAUCCGGAAAGCAAAAGCAGACCAACGGGAAAAGACGAUGAACGAAGCGAAAGGUAGUGAGGUCUGGAGAGUCCUUAAUGCAGGAAGGAGAAGAGACACAAUCAUACCAACCAUACAAGGUGAAGAAACGUUUGCGGGGAAGUGCCAAGCUCUAAGAGCCCAACUUUUCCCCUCAAAACGGACGUCCCCCGACCACCCCCCCCUAAACAUUAGACCCCCUUCUUUUGACCUUAGCAACACCUUCGACAUAGUCACCCCAGAAGAACUUAAUAAAGCAAUCGACUCCUGUCCAGCGCACUCAGCGACCGGCCCGGAUGGCAUCCCCUAUACCUUUAUUAAAGCAAUAGUCAGAGCAAACACAACUCUAAUUCAAGACAUGUUCUUCGCCAUGCUCCGGCAUGGAGUACAUCCAGCGGAAUGGAAAAUAGCAAAGUGCAUCCCGAUCCCGAAACCCGGCAAGGCAAACUAUCACGAAGCGAAAGCAUAUCGGCCCAUCUCCCCCCUACAAUGCUUCAGCAAAAUCCUGGAGAGGAUAGUGGCUCAAAGACUCUGCACCUCCGGAGAAAUCCUAGGCAAACUUUCAGCGAAUCAAUUUGGAGGAAGACCAACCAUCUCAGCAGUCGACGCCCUAUUAAGAAUCCUAACCCCAAUUCAACAAAACCUAUUACUGAAAAACAGCACCGGAGUCGCCUGGCGGGACAGACCAGCGAUCCUAACCAACGACAUCCAGGGAGCAUUUAACUGCGUAGAUCACCUACUCCUCGCGGAAAUCAUGCACCAGCAAAAAUUCCCCACCUACCUAACAGAAUGGUGCAAGGAAUUCAACACCGGCAGAAAACUACAGUUCAAAUUCAACCAUGAGCUAGAAGAACCGCAGCCCUAUGAUUCUGGAGUGCCGCAAGGUAGCCCCAUGUCCCCGGUAUUAUUUAUGAUUUAUGCCGGAGUAAUCCUGGACCCAACAAGCAUCCCGAAAGAGAUGGACACUACAUACAUCGAUGAUGAUGCGCUGGUGCAAAUAUCCAAACCACCAGGCUUCAUAAUUAAAAGAAUGGAGGAAUGUAUGAAAGAAAGACUAAUAAAAGCCGAGCCACUCCAAAUUAAAUACGAUCCGGAUAAAUCCGACCUGAUCUUCUUCCGCCCCACCACAUCAUCCAUACAACAACCACGACUUCCAGUCAAGAUCAACAACACCACUAUAUACCCCAAGGAGAGGCUGAAAUAUAUAGGAGUCUGGAUAGACCCGACCCUCUCCUUCCGGCCCCAUAUCGAAGCAGCGAUCGCAAAAGGCCUGAAAGCCCUCCACCAAAUCCGAAACACUGCCCGCCUGCCAGGUAUAACAGUCAAGACAGUUCAUCACCUAAUAACGCAAGGCUUCCUUCCUAGUCUGCUCUACGGAUCCGAGGCUUGGUGGACUGGUGCAGACCACAUCAUUAGAUCCCUCGAACCACUAUACAAUGAAGCUGCCCGGGUCAUCACAGGCCUACCUCGAUGGACCAAGAGAGCUAAACUCCUCCGAGAAGCAGGAUUACCCCCCCUAAAACACCUCCCGACACAUCGCUCAAGAAAGUACGGAACCAGAAUACUCUGUACCGAUGCAACCCACCCCAACAAUGAACCCCUGAUCGAGCUCCUCCCAUACAGAGAAGCGAAUAUCAAAGGGACAGGCCUACACCGAAUCGCCUCCCUCUUACUCCCAUACCAAACCCCCGGAAAUAUGAGAGACAAGUGGAACCAAAACAAACUAUUACGCGACCAACU